UCGUCUCUGCAGAGGUCGCUUCCAUCAGCGACAUGUUGGUCGUGAGUCAGACGAAGAAAUAAUACUCUUAUAUAUUUUACCAGUAAAAAACGAGAAAAAAAGAAUAUUUAAACAGAACAACUUGCAGAAACUCUCUUUUAAUAUCAAAGAUGCAGCGAGCUCCUGUUGGCAGUGUUUCUUCAGGUCGUCCCAUUAAAUGUGUUGUUGUUGGAGAUGGUACAGUAGGAAAAACAUGUAUGCUUAUAUCUUACACAACUGAUAGUUUUCCUGGAGAAUAUGUUCCAACAGUUUUUGAUAACUAUUCAGCAGCUAUGAUGUGUGAUGGUAUUCCUGUAAGUCUUGGAUUGUGGGAUACAGCUGGUCAAGAAGAUUAUGAUAGAUUACGUCCUCUUUCUUAUCCACAGACUGAUGUCUUCCUCAUAUGCUUUAGUGUAGUCAGUCCAUCUUCUUUUGAAAAUGUAACUUCUAAAUGGUAUCCUGAAAUUAAGCAUCACUGUCCUGAUGCACCUAUUAUACUUGUUGGUACUAAGAUAGAUUUGAGAGAAGAUAAAGAAACUCUACAGCAACUUUCAGAACAAGGUCUUUCUCCUAUUAAAAGGGAACAGGGACAGAAAUUGGCCUCUAAAAUUAGAGCAGUUAAAUAUUUGGAAUGUUCAGCUUUAACUCAGCGUGGUUUGAAACAGGUCUUUGAUGAAGCCGUUCGAGCUGUUCUGCGGCCAGAACCACAGAAACGAAGACAAAGAAAGUGUAAAAUUAUCUAGUUUAUUGAUUUAAAGUCAUAUUGAUAUAUUGUCAGAAAAUGCAGCUUUAACAUAACUGUGUAACCAAAGAUGGAAGAAUUGUUUCUACAUCUUAUGCCUAGAAAUUUCAGGUUUAUUUUAAUAUCUCUGAAAUGCGAGAAAGUAAUUUUUUAGUUAUUUUUUGUAAGCGUGUUGAUACUUGUGAAAAGUACUAAUUUUUAUUUAGUUCCUAAAACUAAAAAAUUUCUUAAUUUAAUAUUCUCUGAUAAAUGAUGUCUUUUGUAUAACUCAAUAUAUUUUAUAUUCAUGAUUCACAUUAGUUAUUUGUAAUUUAUAAUAAUAGUAAAUACUCAUGACCAAUGGAACAUGUUGUGCACUAAAAUUUCAUAUAAAAAGUAUAUUAUUUAGCUAUCGGUUUCCAUAUGAAGUCAAAAAUUUGAAAUUGAAUGUUCAAUGCAUUUUAUUAAAAUGAUGAUUCCAAAUCUUUCUAUCAAUGUAUAUCUACUUUUUUAAUUAAUAUAAAUAUGUAUAUAAUCUUUACUAGAUAUACUUUUGCUACAUUUUUUUUCAUUAAAGAAAAAGUGCAUAAU